CCUUCUUUUAUCCCCACGCGCUUUAACCCGCGCACACCCAAAAACCGCCAUGGCCUCCCCCCGCCCUCCGCCGCCGAAGCCUCUCGAUCUCGACCUGACGAUCGUCUCCGCCAAGCACCUCAAGAACGUCAACUGGAAGAACGGCGACCUCAAGCCCUACGCCGUCUUCUGGGUCGACCCGGACCGCCGCCUCGCCACCAAGUCCGACGACUCCGGCUCCACCCGACCCGUCUGGAACGAGCGCUUCACUCUCCCCCUCUCCCUCUCCCUCCGCGACUCCUUCCUCACCCUCGAAAUCUUCCACUGCAAACCCUCCGACACUCCCAAACCCUUGGUCGGCUCUCUCCGCCUCCCCCUCGGCGACCUCCUCAACGACCCGACCCGAAUCCGCUCCUUCGAGCUCCUCCGCCCCUCGGGUCGCCCCCAGGGUAAGAUCCGCGUAAAGCUCGCGUUGCGCGAACGCCCUCCCCCGCCAGAUUACCAUACUGCCCCUCCUCCUCCGAGCUAUUUCUACUCCUCUACCCCUGUGCCUCCGCCGCCCUCCGCUCGCGACUACAACAACUCGUACUCGCCGUCGCCGUACAGCUCAUCUGUCCCAGCCUCGGCUCCAACUCAAUCGGCCUCGCCGCCGCCGUACCAUUACAGCUCCUAUUCGGAUCCUUAUUACUAUAGGUACUACUCCAGCGCGCCGCCGCCGCCGAUGCCGCCGAGGCCGUUCUUGGAUCGGCCAUUGAGCUACGGCGGGCCUUCGGCGCCGUUGGAGUACUCACAGUAUGAUCAGAAGCCGAAGAGUGGUGGGAAGAUGGGGCUGGGAACCGGAUUGGCUGUGGGCGCGGUGGCCGGAGCUCUAGGUGGACUAGCAUUGGAGGAAAGGAUCAGGUAUGAAGAAGAUAAGAUUGCUGAGAGGGUCGAGAAUGACUUGGAGAGGGAGCAGAUUCGCGACGAUUACAGCAAUUAUCGGGGUGAUUAUUGAUAAUUGGAAGGAGUUUAGGUACGCUUUAAUUACUGAAGCUCAUUGAUUAUUUAAUGGUUUCGCAGAGCUUGUGUAUAUAUAUAUUUAUGUUGAAGUUUGAUGCAGUGUUGUGUUGCUUUGAGUGGUUGAAGUGAGACAAAGUGUUUAUGGAUGCAAUGUUCUGUUAUAAUCAAUUAAUGCUUGCUUACUAAUUACUAUUA